UGACUAUUAUCGGAUUGCGUCGGACAGUUCUGUGUAUUCUUAUGUGUUAUUUUUUAAACCAUACAGGCUGUUCAUAAAAGGUUUCUUAAUCAAUCUCGAAAAUAAGAUAUCAACAAAUGACGAUGGGGAUACGUGUACAUGUUAUCCUGUCCUUGCUUAUGGCCAAAUGUCUGUUUGUUACUACAUCUGCGAAUGAAGAGAUCAUCAGUAAACAGGGGUCAGUAGAUACAGCUGUUAAGACUAGCUUACCUUCCCAGAGCCGCAUCAUUACGAAACUACUGGGCUUAGGACUUGGGGUUGAGGCCAUCAACAGCGUUUAUGAGUUGUUGUCUACCGCAACAGGAGUUCUAGCCGCCAUUGGUGGAGGUUACCUCCUUCAUGUUCUGUUAGUGGCCAUAUUUGGUGAAACGUUUGGAUUGACCACUGGCUAUCACUAUGGAAUACCUACGUAUUCUUAUGCUGGCCCGUUGAAUCCUUUGUACUAUGACCCCCAUCGGCACUCAGAGAAAACCUCCAGAUACAACCUCUGGAAGUUUCCUGUUUUCGAUCUUCAAAAGUUUCUGGGAGCAAUAACUUCUCAGGAUUACCCAGAACGUUCAUUUAGAAUGCUCGGUAUCAAGGAAAAGAAAUGUAAGGAGAGAGCCAUUUGCGAAUUGGAACAGUUUUUUCAUAAAAUUGGGAUACCAGAAGUCAUCUUGAAGAACCUCAGCUUCAAGAUUCCCGGUAUGGAGAAAUAUACUGCUGCCAUCUCGCGAGGACUUUAUAAAGAAGAAUGCUGGAAAAGUUAUUUAAAGUGUUCAUCUUCACUGGGACAAAUGAUGAAAAAAGCUGUGGGAUUGGCGUAGUUUAUAAUAUUUAUGUGUUAAAGAUAGUUAUUUAUCUGAAACAAAUAUGAAGAAACAUUAUGUUCGACUGAGAUAUGGUGGUACUAUUUUCCUCAAUGGAAAGCUAAGGAAACUGUCUGAAGGUUCUUCGUCUCGUGUAUAGUAAUGGGCAUUAAGGAUUAAAAAGACAGAUAAACAUUUAAAUAUGUUUAAUUAUACUAAACAAUGUAGUUCAGAGUUGUACUGCCAUAGCAAAAACUUUUCAAGUAAUCUUCAAGCGCUGUUAUUUUUUCGUAUAAAUAUAACUUAUUGAGAUAAUACGUAUAUGAUAGCUUUGAAGUAGGGUGUUAGAUUAAUAACAGAAUGUAUAAAAACAUCAA